GUACUGCGAAAUCACAAGACGGGAGUUUGAGACUGAUCCAAAUGCCUGUGGUCCUCCACGCACCCCAGAGACAUAUGACGCUGCUGUUGCUGAACUUCAGGUUGAAAACAUCCAAGAGGUUCGAGGUAUAAAGUGCAAGUAUGAGUGACUCGGAGCCCACCUUCCUACAUGAUGCCAUUGUGGAAGUCCUCCCAGAACUUCCUGCUGUAACAAAGAACAUCCUGGAAGAGCAUUUACAGUGCAUUGGGGUUGAGACAUAUGAUGAUCUAUGCUUCAUAGAGGAGGCUGAUUUGAUGACAACAUUGAGACCUGUUCAAGCCAGAAAACUUCUUUCUGCUUGGAAAAGAAAAUACAAGACUCCUGAGAGCAGCUCACCAUCUGUGGAAGCCUGACCUGGCCGAUCUCCGUCAAUACUCUCUGUUUCACCCCGAAGUUCAACAUCCUCAGGCAGCCAGGGAUUUGGCACACAGUGGGAGGACAGUUUUGAAAUUCCAUGGAGUAAAUUUCCAGAGGAAGUAAUGGAUUCUUUGGAAAGGGGAAAAAGGCCAUCCCCAAAACUGAGGAGGCAGAUGAUUCGGAUUGUAGCGACUGAAAUGAUGGGAAAAUGCCCUCAUGCAGGUAAAAAGAAUUCAACCGAGGUUGCUAAAAAAAUGGUGGCAAAAUACCCCAAAUCUUUGCAGGAUGUAAUAGAGGGAGAUAUUGUAGGCAAAGGCUACUACUCCCUUGUCAAACAGUUACAAUACAGAAUUGAAAACGCAAAGCGUACUUCAACACCUAAAAUCAGAAAAAGGAAACAUCAAACUGAGUCAGACGACACAGACGAGAUCCCAUUAGAAGAAAGAGCAGCAAUGCAGGACACAUAUGGAUGCAUUAAAUGGAAUCCAAAAUUUCUUCCCCGUGGAGAAACUCAACAGAGCCAGCAGCAAAAGUUGGAAAAACUCAAGGUGAUGUUUCUACAAACUAAUGUCAGUCCAGAGGAGAUAAAAUGUCUCAUGAAGUCUACCUUUUACACGCAACGCCAACAUGUCAACCAGGGUAAAAGUAUUCAAUACCUCAGAGAGGAGUGGCCAUUUUGGUUUGAUGAACUUGGCAUGUCAGUGCACUUCAAGGAGCUUAUUGGGAAUAAUCUCAAAGAAAUGUUCACACGUAAUUUGGAUUUAAAGGGACAAAGGCUUCUCAACUACAUGACUACUGUUUGUGCCAAGAAGAGUAAGAAGUUUCUUCAGACGUAUGCAAGGCUGCAGAGGAUGCGGGGACAGCAGAGUGGCUGCUCAGAUGAUGUUAAAGAGCUGGUCCUGCUUCUGCUCAGCUACUUUGAUGAGAAGGAGGAGUCCUUGUUCUUCUAUGUAGAUAAUACAAGUCUGCCAGAAGAGGUCCAACUAGAGCAAAUGCCUUUGACACCAACCAUCGUUGUCUGUGGACAGUCCUGCUAUUCCUCAAGAAGUUUCAUGCUGAGUCUGGAUCGGACCCUCGUCAACACGAACAUCUCCUCCUUCAUUUCUGCACUGUGCCUGAUGUUUGGGAGCUACUACUGUUUCAACAUCCAUUACCCUUCUGAGCUGGCUUCAACUCUUGAGUUUCUUCAAAGGUGUUUUUUCUCCAUUAACCCAGAAAAAGGAACCAAAGUAGAGAAUAAGAACUCCAAGCGUCGUCUCAACGUGAACCCUCGAGUCCUCUCCCUGAUACAGGAACUCUCCGAUCACGAGUGGUGUGAAGCCUAAAUACGGAGUGUCUCUGUGGAUUCUUUGACAGUUGAAGAGGUCCAGCAAGUAUUUUCCAUUGUGUGCAGUUUUUUUUAAGACACCAGGUACUGCAAUUUUUUUCUCUGGGCUGAUCAUUUCAAAUAAGGCAAGUUUUCUUUGUGGACAUUUGAGAAGUGGCCCAGCAAGUUUUUCCUUUGCGGACACUUUUUAGACACCAGAUAACACAUUAUUUUUCUUUGGGUUGAUCAUUUCAAAAACAAGUUUUCUCUAUGGGCUGUUCAUAUGAAAAGAGGUACUGCUAGUUUUUCCCCUUGUGGACAUUUUAUACACCAGGUACUGAAAAGUUUUUGUCUGGGCUGAUCCUUUUAGAAAAGGCAUGUUUUUCCUUUGUGGAAUGUUCAUUUGAGAAUGGAUACUGCAAAUGUUUUCUUUUGUGGAGCUUUUUUGAGGACAAAUACUGAAAGUUUUUGUUUUAAAUCCACAAUGUAUAUUAUAUUAAUGGGGCAUAAAAUGUAUUUUGUAUAUAUUUUUGUUUAAAGUCCUGAUAACACUUUAAGAAUGCACACAUACUUUAAUUUUAAUGAGUUAUUGUUGUUGACUUGACACUUAAACUUAUCUAAAGAGACUGAAAAACCUCUAUUUCAAAACGCUAGUGUUCUGAAGUAUUUCAAACUGGAACUCAUAGGUGGAAAGCACAAAAUGUAGCUUCUUUACAUGUAAUAACAAAAGACUUCAUUGUUCAGACAUGGUUGCAGUGAUGACUGUUAAAUAAAUUUUCCAAAAGUGAAAUGUUUCUCAUCUUUUUCAGUAUUUUGAAUGUUUUAUGAAAAUGACAAUAGUGGUAAUUAGCAGGUUUUUAAAGUAACUUUCACAGUAUAAAUUGAUUAUUAACACAAAAGUACAACAUUAAAUUUGUGUAUAAAUUACAAAAUAGCUUAAUUUAAUAUACAAACAUUUACAAUGGUUUUACCAGUUAAAAAUUGUUUUUUGUUCAAUAUUAGCCAGUGAUUUUUGCAAGUAUUUUAUGCACAAAAGACGUCCAUUACAGGUAUUAAAUACAGGAAAGAGUCUAAUUGUGAACAACAUUUCUAUGCAAAAUUUACAUGUAAUUUAUGUACACUUUACAGAUUUUAAUGUGAUUUCAGCUGUGAUUUCAAUCACUGUAAAUUAAUUUACACAUUUUUUUGUAAUUGUUUUUACUGUGUAGCUG